UUAUUUAUGAUGCUCUUUUCCAUUUAGUUUACCAGUAAUUUUGUUUACCUCUGUACACAUAGCAUAGCUAGCUGCUUGCCUGGUUGACCUAUGGCUGCUGGACCCGAGAGGAGACAGGACACGGGCUCUCAAUCAUGCUCUAUAUGUCUGGGGGACCUCACCUGCCCUGUGUGUACCAACUGUGGCCACAAGUUCUGUGCGAACUGUAUGCUGAGUCACUGGCAGCACGAUCGCUGGCCCAAUGCUUGCAGGUGUCCUAUGUGCAGGAGAGAGGUAACUCUGUUGAUGGGAGGGGAAGAAUGGAAUUCUGUGGAGAACAGAAACACUUACAAUCAAGUGGCGGAGUAUAAUCAUCGAGUGUCUACCACCAACUCUCCUGGUAUAUUCUCCAUGCUUAGAGAUGUCCCUGCAGUCUACCAGCAGCUCUAUAGGGACAUGUUUCGACUGGGUGGCCUCCCUGUGUGCACCAGACUCUACAUUCUACUGGUGCUAUUGUUAGCCAUACUCUAUCUCAUCUCACCCAUAGACCUCAUCCCUGAGGCCCUGUUUGGAGUGUUUGGAUUGGGCGAUGACCUCUUUGCCAUGGCGAUGGCUCUACUGUAUGGUGUGAACUUGUAUAGAGAGUAUAUUGUACGUAUUGGAGAGGGACAGAGAUAAGAACAUUACAAUAAUUUGUUGUAUAAUUUUUUCACAUUCAGUAAUUUUUUAUAAACACUCCAACUGUGGUGAAUCGAAAUAAAACCUAAA